UAUCUGUUUUCUUUUUCUUACAUUAACAACCAUCUUCUGGCUGCUCUCCUUACCAAAACCCUUUUAUCUCCUCCACUGAAAUUUGAAGAUUCAAUUACCAUGGAUAGAGAACCAGAAGAACUCCAAUUCCUAGGAUUCUUUGGAAUCUAUCACGAAGCUUACAAUAUCAUAGCUUCAUGGAGGAAAAUCUUUUCACAAAUUGCGUUAGCUUUUAUUCUUCCUCUUUCUUUCAUUUUUUUAGCUCAAAUCGAAAUUUCGAAUUUACUAUUCUCGGAGAUCGAUCACGAUGAACAUAGUCUACAUAGAACUCGAUCGGGAAGUCGUAUGAACAAUCGUAUUCAAGAUCGCUUAACAUCAGAAUGGACUGCUUUUUGGAUAUUCAAGGUCAUGUACCAUAUCUGCCUUCUUGUUCUUUCGCUUCUCUCAACUUCUGCCGUUGUUUAUACAAUUGCCUGUGCUUAUACUACGAAAGAAAUCAGUUUCGAAAAAGUUUUAAGUGUAGUUCCUACAGUUUGGAAGAGACUCAUGAUCACUUUCUUAUGGACCUUUCUCAUCAUGUUUCUAUACAAUUUCGUUAUGUUUCUGGUAGAAAUUGUGCUAAUAGUCACAGUUGGACUAUCAAAUGAUGUCGCCUUCUAUAUUCUUUCUGUUAUAGUAUUUAUCAUUUGGGCAAUCGGGUUCGUUUACAUUAGCGUAAUAUGGCACUUGGCUAGUGUAGUAUCGGUGUUGGAAGAGAGUUAUGGUUACAAAGCAUUUCUAAAGAGCAAAGCUUUGAUCAAAGGUAAGAUGUGGAUUGCUUCGGUUAUCUUCAUUAAACUAGAACUUUCUUUUAUAAUUGUACUAGUCGCCUUCGAAAAUCUAGUAGUUCAUGGGGGAAUAGGUGUGAUGGGCAAAGUUAUCUUGGGAAUUUUCUGUUUCUCGUUGCUGUCUAUUUUGAUUCACUUUGCCCUUGUGAUCCAAACGGUUGUGUACUUCCUCUGCAAGUCGUAUCAUCACGAGAACAUCGAUAAAUCCUGCUUAGCCGAACAUUUGGAAGCUUAUAAUCUGGGUGAUUAUGCUCCUCUGAUCAGAGACAAGGAUAUUCAGUUAGAACAAUAUGAUGUUUAAUUAAUCUCCUGUAAUUUUAUAUACAUACAUAGUUUGAUGAAUCGCUUUUGUUAUGAACAAUGUAAUAGAAUUUCAAAUCUAAUUUUUCAUGUUAACUCAAA